GUUCUGACAGCAAGGUGUCGGAUCUUGAUGGACAGCCAUAUACAACGUUGUUGUACAGCAACGGACCGGGAUACACGCAGCCAAGGAAUAUUUUGCGAGAGGCUGGCAAGGAUUCCAUUCAGACGGCGGGGGUGCCUCGUGCCUGGGCGACACACGGCGGCGAGGACGUGCCAGUGUUCGCCAUCGGACCUCUGGCCAGUGUCUUGUUCUCCGGCAGCGUCGACCAGAGCUAUAUACCUCAUGCGAUUUCAUACGCCUCCUGUCUGGGUCACUACGCGAGCCGUUGCUCCCGAGAUUCCUCGUCCAGCAACGACACAAUGAGCGCCCCGAUAAGCUGCCCCUCGGCGGAGCCGAACAGCGCCGCGAUAUCCAGCGACGUGAUGAACGACCAGGCCAGAAAUCCACCCACGAAAUCCGCCGCGUCUCUCGAACCCGUCGGCUUCCGUUCGCUGCCGACCUGCUGCUGUAUUCUGCUGCCCCUUCUCCUUGCCGUUCUACCAUGCCCGCCGCUCCAGGCAACGA